AAGUAGGUCAGGGACGGAGGUGCCUGUUUACCCGCGCCGGACUCACCGCCGCCGCCGCCGCGGGAUCCGAGUGGGGGCGCGGGCGCGGGCGCUCCCGGCGAGCCACGGUGGUGCUGGCUAGAGUGCAUGCUUUUGGACCCAAGCUUAACUUUUCAAAUGUGGAAUGCUAGGCCUUCAUUGGUUUCUGGAAGAAGUUGACUGCCUGAAAGGAAGCGACAAAACAUGAAAAUUGCUUUGAGGUGACCAACAAGUCCAGUGGCCCCUUGCUUCUCCCAAGGUGGAUCUGGGCUUUAAGAACCGUAACUUCAGAUGAGGAAACUUGGGCCCAGAGAGCGGGAGUGACAGCCCCAGUCACGUCGCUUGGAGCUGGACCCCGACAGCGGGCAGUGCACGGCCACCUUCAACUGGGUUUGCAGUUGGAGUCCCUUGCAAGAGCCACCCUGGUCAUCCUCCACCUUAGAAGAGCACGUAGAAAUAAACGUGCCUCUGUGCCUCCUUGUACCUAUUCCAGACGCCAAUGGCCGAACAGAGAAUGGACAUUUCUUCAACUAUCAGCGACUUCAUGUCCCCAGGCGCCACCGACCUCCUCUCCAGCCCCCUGGGCACCGGUGGCAUGGAUUGCAACCGGAAACGCAAGGGCAGCUCCACGGACUACCAAGAAAGCAUGGACACAGACAAAGAUGACCCUCAUGGAAGGUUAGAAUACACAGAGCACCAAGGAAGGAUCAAAAAUGCAAGGGAAGCUCACAGCCAGAUUGAAAAGAGGCGUCGGGAUAAAAUGAACAGUUUUAUUGAUGAACUGGCUUCUUUGGUACCAACGUGCAACGCGAUGUCCAGGAAAUUAGAUAAACUUACUGUGCUGAGGAUGGCUGUUCAGCACAUGAAAACAUUACGAGGUGCCACCAAUCCAUACACAGAAGCAAACUACAAACCGACUUUUCUAUCAGAUGAUGAAUUGAAACACCUUAUUCUCAGGGCAGCAGAUGGAUUUUUGUUUGUCGUAGGAUGUGACCGAGGGAAGAUCCUCUUUGUGUCAGAGUCUGUCUUCAAGAUCCUCAACUACAGCCAGAAUGAUCUGAUUGGUCAGAGUUUAUUUGACUACCUGCAUCCUAAAGAUAUCGCCAAAGUCAAGGAGCAGCUCUCCUCCUCUGACACUGCACCCCGGGAGCGGCUCAUAGAUGCAAAAACUGGACUUCCAGUUAAAACAGAUAUAACCCCUGGGCCAUCUCGAUUAUGUUCUGGAGCACGGCGUUCUUUCUUCUGUAGGAUGAAGUGUAACAGGCCUUCCGUAAAGAUUGAAGACAAGGAUUUCCCCUCCACCUGCUCAAAGAAAAAAGCAGAUCGAAAAAGCUUCUGCACAAUCCACAGCACAGGCUAUUUGAAAAGUUGGCCGCCCACAAAAAUGGGGCUGGACGAAGACAACGAACCAGACAACGAGGGGUGUAAUCUCAGCUGCCUUGUCGCCAUCGGACGACUGCACUCUCACAUGGUUCCACAACCGGCGAACGGGGAAAUCAGGGUGAAAUCUAUGGAAUAUGUCUCUCGGCAUGCAAUAGAUGGGAAGUUUGUUUUUGUAGACCAGAGGGCAACAGCUAUUUUGGCAUAUUUACCACAAGAACUUCUAGGCACCUCAUGUUAUGAAUAUUUUCACCAAGAUGACAUAGGACAUCUCGCAGAAUGUCAUAGGCAAGUUUUACAGACAAGAGAAAAGAUUACAACUAAUUGCUAUAAGUUUAAAAUCAAAGAUGGUUCUUUCAUCACACUACGGAGUCGGUGGUUCAGUUUCAUGAACCCUUGGACCAAGGAAGUAGAAUACAUUGUCUCCACCAACACCGUUGUUUUAGCCAACGUCCUGGAAGGUGGGGACCCGAGCUUCCCUCAGCCCACAGCAUCCCCCCGCAGCAUGGACGGCACGCUGCCCUCUGGAGAAGGUGGCCCAAAGAGGACCCACCCCACUGUUCCAGGGAUUCCAGGGGGAACCAGGGCUGGGGCAGGAAAAAUAGGUCGAAUGAUUGCUGAGGAAAUCAUGGAAAUCCACAGGAUAAGAGGGUCAUCGCCUUCCAGCUGUGGCUCCAGCCCAUUGAACAUCACAAGUACACCUCCCCCUGAUGCCUCUUCUCCAGGAGGCAAGAAGAUUUUAAAUGGAGGGACUCCAGACAUUCCUUCCAGUGGCCUACUACCAGGGCAGGCUCAGGAGAACCCAGGUUAUCCAUAUUCUGAUAGCUCUUCUAUUCUUGGUGAGAACCCUCACAUAGGCAUAGAUAUGAUAGACAACGAUCAAGGCUCAAGCAGUCCCAGUAAUGAUGAAGCAGCAAUGGCUGUCAUAAUGAGCCUCUUGGAAGCAGAUGCUGGGCUCGGUGGUCCUGUUGACUUUAGCGACUUGCCAUGGCCGCUGUAAACAAACAAACACUACAUGUUGCUUUGGCGACAGCUACAGUAUCAAAGUGCAUUACUGAUGGAGUUAUACAGUCUGUGAAGCUUACUGGAUAAGGAGAGAACAGCUUUUAUGUACUGUCUUCAUAAAAGCCAUCUCAGAGCCAUUGAUACAAGUCAAUCUUACUAUGUGUAACUUCAGACAAAGUGGAACUAAGCCUGCUCCAGUGUUUCCUCAUCAUUGAUUAUUGGGCUAGCUGUGGAUAGCUUGCAUUAAUUGUAUAUUUUGGAUUCUGUUUGUGUUGAAUUUUUUAAUCAUUGUGCACAGAAGCAUCAUUGGUAGCUUUUAUAUGCAGAUGGUCAUUUCAGAUGUAUGGUGUUUUUACACUACAAAGAAGUUCCCCAUGUGGAUAUUUCUUAUACUAAUUGUAUCAUAAAACCGUUUAUUCUUCCUUGUAAGAAUCCUUUA